CUUCCCGCUUAUUAAAAAAUAAUAAUAAUAAUAAAAAAAAAUCUGAGAAUCAAAAAUUGAACGAAGAAACGCCUUUGGUUAUCCUCUCUGCCAUUCUGAGUCUCUGACAGAGAGAGAGAGCGUUAAAAACGGCGACGUAUUCGAGGAGAAGAAGCACUGGUAAUGGAUACUGAACUUGUAUAAGUAGCUUGUUCUCUUGGAGCUGAUUCUUUCAGUUUCAUUGAGCUCGUCUUUAAUUACUGGUGCCGGAACAAACAGAAUGGCUAUUGGAGGUUUGAUUUCGAAUCGGAAUUUCGGUUCUUUUAUCGGUUCAGGAAAAAUCUGUACAAACAAACAAGCUGUUUCACAUCAGAGAGGAGAGCGUUCAGGGAUUCUUACUGUACGAUAUAAUCAAGGAAGAAUAGGUAAUCACAUUUUAUGUACUCCAGCGAAUUAUAGAUCUAAAUACACAUAUGGCCCGGUUCUUCAUGCUACUGGCUCUUCAGAAAAGAACCAGUGGAAGUCAGCGAGAACCUUUAAUGAAAGGCAUCAUCCUUCAUCAAUGCAAUCUAGUAGAAGGUGUUGCAGCAACAUUCCUAAGCAAAGAGUUAGAGUAAAAUGUGACUGCAGUCUUUCUACAAAUGUAUCUUGCAGCAGUUGGAGCCAGUUUAGAGUGUUAAAUAAGCUAGAUGUAAGAAACAGAUUAUUUCAUAAGUCUGCAAAUGUGAAGAUCAAUAGGACCUGUGCUUAUUACAAGUCUGAUGAGUAUGACAUAAAUGAUGCAAAUGUGGAGCCAUUGGCAUCGGUUGACGGGUCAGGUGAAGCUGUUUUAGUCAAUGGCAAUCUACAGCAAGCAUCUUCUUGGUGGCAGCAAUUUCCUAAGCGCUGGGUGAUUGUAGUUCUCUGUUUUUCUGCAUUCCUACUGUGCAACAUGGAUCGUGUAAACAUGAGCAUCGCAAUACUUCCCAUGUCUAAGGAAUUCAACUGGAACAGUGCAACAGUUGGCCUGAUUCAAUCCUCAUUUUUCUGGGGCUAUCUACUUACCCAGAUUCUUGGAGGCAUAUGGGCAGAUAAAAUUGGCGGGAAGCUAGUAUUAGGUUUUGGAGUUGUCUGGUGGUCAAUUGCAACGAUUUUGACGCCUAUUGCUGCAAAAAUUGGACUUCCUUGUUUGCUUGUCAUGCGUGCCUUUAUGGGGAUUGGCGAGGGUGUUGCCAUGCCUGCCAUGAAUAACAUACUUUCUAAGUGGAUUCCAGUGUCAGAGAGAAGCAGAUCUUUAGCGCUUGUAUACAGUGGCAUGUAUCUUGGUUCCGUCACUGGGUUGGCCUUUUCCCCUGUUCUAAUCCAGAAAUUUGGAUGGCCAUCUGUGUUUUACUCUUUUGGUUCCCUUGGAAGUAUCUGGUUUGCGAUAUGGCUAAGUAAAGCAUAUAGCUCACCGAAAGAUGAUCCGGAACUUAGUGCAGAAGAGAAAAAAAUUAUUUUGGGGGGUAACGUAUCCAAGGAACCUGUAACAGUCAUUCCGUGGAAGUUAAUUUUAUCCAAAGCACCUGUUUGGGCUCUUAUUAUCUCCCACUUUUGCCAUAACUGGGGUACCUUUAUUCUUUUGACGUGGAUGCCGACAUAUUACAAUCAGGUUUUGAAGUUUAACCUCACAGAAUCUGGUCUUCUCUGCGUUCUACCAUGGUUAACCAUGGCUGUGUUUGCAAAUAUUGGAGGUUGGAUUGCAGAUACUCUUGUGAGCAAAGGUUUUUCCAUAACAUCAGUUCGCAAGAUCAUGCAAUCAAUUGGUUUUCUUGGUCCAGCCUUCUUUCUCACUCAGCUCAGUCAUGUUAAAACUCCUGCAAUGGCAGUGCUAUGCAUGGCAUGCAGUCAGGGAUCUGAUGCUUUCUCACAAUCUGGUCUAUAUUCCAAUCACCAAGACAUUGGACCACGCUAUGCUGGAGUACUGCUAGGACUGUCGAAUACAGCAGGAGUACUAGCCGGCGUCUUUGGUACAGCUGCAACAGGUCUCAUACUCCAGAAAGGUUCUUGGGACGAUGUAUUUAAGGUAGCCGUCGCAUUGUACAUCAUAGGUACAGUAGUCUGGAACGUGUUUUCAACUGGAGAGAAAGUGCUCGACUAAACAAUUGUGAGAAGAGAGCGAACGCGGACGAGGAAAGCAGCACUUUACACUAGUACAGAGUGCAAAACUUUACAGAAAUGAAAAGAAAAUCAGAAAACUGUUUUUUUUUUUGCAAAGGAGGAAUGCAGGCAAUGAAAUCCUGCCGAGAAAACUAGGCUGAUUUUAGUGAUUUUGUAACAACUUGUGAAGCACUUAAUAACAUGAUCCUCACAAGCUUUUGGGUAAUUGGACUCAUUUUUACAAGUCUAAUAUGCAUUUACAUAUGGUUUCAAUUCAGAGAACUUAUGUGUAACUUCCUGAGCCCAUGAAUAUUUUCCUUUUUCCCAUUCAAGCUGUUGAAAGCUCUCAGCCUGUUCUACCCAUCUCAACGUGGCUAUAGAACAUUAUUCAUUUAUUCCUA